UCAAGUCAUCUUAACCCAAACUAAUCCAGAUGUGCGUUCAAAAUAAGACUGCGCCUCUAAGAGGGCUUUGUAUUCCAACAAGUGGAGAGUGAGGAUGCGCUCGGUGUGCGCGUGGCCAUCACUUUCACUGAUUGUUGACAACGCGCCCCUGCGCGCGUGCACUACUAGAGGAGCGAGGUGAAUUUUCUCUUCACACUGACGGAGCAGCUUCACAGGCAGGGACCAGAGAUGCCUUUUCUUUUCUGAAAAAUAAUAAUAAUAAUAAAUCAACAAAUUGUCGGAACAGUUGCGUAAAACGGAGCGGCAUCGUGAAGAACAGAAGCAGGUGCGCUGCUCGCACUCUUUAUUUGACGGAACCCUGAAGUCAUGCGCGCGCUUAUCGAUGAAAAGUUAAUUCACGCGUACUAAGACAUAGACAGCGGGAGAAGUGAAGUGCACAAGAGCGCGCGUUUCGCUGCUCAUUAAUUACUCGUCGUACGUUCGAGCUGGGAAUAAAAAAAUCGUAAUGUCGAGAAAAAAAGCGGUCAAAGGGAAAGGGAGUUCAAAUACACCAAGCUCAUCUCCGAGCAGCGAUAAAGAGAAGGGUAAGAAAGUCCCGACCCAGUCCAACGGAGUGGUGCAUCCCAGCAGACCCUCUCUCAGCAGCAGCGGAGAAUUCUACGACAUCGCCUUCAAGGUAAUGCUGGUUGGUGACUCUGGGGUGGGGAAAAGCUGUCUCCUGGUUCGCUUUAAAGAUGGAGCGUUUCUGGCCGGGAGCUUCAUCUCAACAGUCGGUAUAGACUUCAGGAAUAAGGUGCUGAACAUUGAUGGUGUGAGAGUUAAACUACAGAUCUGGGAUACGGCAGGACAGGAGCGAUUCAGGAGCGUGACGCAUGCCUACUACCGAGACGCUCACGCUCUUUUGCUGCUCUACGAUGUGACAAAUAAAGCUUCUUUUGACAACAUACAGGCCUGGCUCACAGAGAUUCACGAGUUCUCUCAGCAGAACGUAGUGAUCAUGCUUCUGGGUAACAAGGCCGACUCCACACAUGAAAGGAUUGUGAAGAGAGAGGAGGGUGAAAAACUGGCCAAGGUUUGUAAUGUCAACACACACAAACACACUCAUACUUUUAAUUAUUUAUUAGUAAAACCUUUUUUGGGGAAAAUGUAACUUGAAACCUAUAACAGUAAC